AAAGCACAAAAACCAAGAGGGGGCUCCUGUCCUCCUGCUCAUCACUCCAAACCCCAAGCAAGACAACAGUGAAGACCCACCAACAUGAACUCAUUCACCGCCAAAGCAAUCUCUCUUUCAGUUGAUGAUCGGACGCGUCACUGGCUGUACUUUACUGCUGUGCCACGCUCGAAUGCCGAACGAGCUGCUUCGAUCCAUCCAGAAGAUGUUGGUGGAUCGAUUGUCUCAACGGAUCAGACCAUCCACAAUGGCCGAGGCAACGACAGUCUCCGGUUGGACGAUGCCAGUUUCGAGUUGGUGCAGUGUCCCACAAACCUGCCUACAGAAGAUUUUUACAAAAUCCAAUCUGGAGAUGUCAAUAUCAUGCAGCGCUACUACGACGAAGUAGAGGAGUUUGUAGCGCAGAAACUUGGAUGCGACAAGGUGAUUUGUGUCCACAGUCAAGUGCGCAGUGCCGCCAAGGCGGGAACAAAUGGCGUUCAAGGUUAUGCCGGUGGAGGUCCUCAUACGGAUUCUUCCGCCAUUAGCGGUGACAUGUUUGCACUCGAUGUGCUGAAGAACCAUGGCCAAGAGGGGACCAGAGAUCAGUACCAACGAUACUGCUAUCUCAACUUGUGGCGGAAUAUUGGCGAUCGUCCCAUAGAAAACAAUCACUUGGCGUGUCUGGAUGAACGAACAGUUGUCAAGCCGGACGAUUACGUUAUCAAGGAUCUGUUUGGAGAUGGAUAUGAGGUGGUUCAAUACGGUCUCAAUGCCCGACAUGCCGAACACCACAAGUGGUACUACUUUCCCAAAAUGACCAAAAAUGAAGGCAUACUUUUCAAGCAAAUGGACAGUGACUGGACCAAGUCGGGAAGAACCUGCUUUCAUAUGAGUGUGUCAGAUCCCGACGCUCCAACCGAUGGUCCUGACAGAGAGUCCAUUGAAGUUCGCAUGCUUUGCUUGUGGAAAAAUGCUGCUGUGAAUAGCAUGCCCACGGAAGAAAACAUUCACCGUGAUUUGAUCAAGAGCCCCAAAGACUAUGCGAUUCAACUCAAGGGAUCGGCCUUGACAUCGGCAAGUUUCCUUCAGCUCGUAUUGGCAAUCCUGGCCAAACUGCCGCUCGUGGGAAGUAUCUUUGGUCAUUUCAUUGGUUUGGCCACAGCAACCGCCGAGUACACAGGAAACCCCCCAGACUAUUCGGACCGAUUCAUCACUGCAUUCGAAGCCUUUGACUCAUGGCCCCAAUUUGGCAAGUCUUGGGUCAAGACCACCAUGAAGCAAAGCAAAACUGUUCAGGCGGGAAUUGAGACAAUCACCCAGGCGGUUGUCGACGAUGCCAUGGGAUAUCAAAAGACGAAAAACUUGCCGAGCAAGGCCAAGGCAGAGAUUGCAGAGUUUCUGCUUGGCAACGACAAAUACAUGCAACUCUGCCAAAAGCACAUUGCGCCGUUGGCAUCUUCUGAUUAGUCAGUUGAACUACGUACCUUUUCAUACAGCGAUUAGAUUAAGUACGUAUCAUAGUUGUCUUACACAGUC